AUGUCUGGUGCGUUCCAGGCACCGCCGCACCAUCCGACGUCAGUUUCUGCCCUGCAGACGCCGCCCCUGAAUACUGCAUCGCCUGUCAAUCGCCAGUACUCGCCUGGCCAUCCAUCGCCAACACAGGAGUACUAUGCCAAUCACAGCCAGCAGCCCUCCAGAGCAUCGCCCGCUGAUUCCUCGUCGCGACACCCUUCGCGGAGACCCAGUGCCACCAACAACGACCAUCUUGCCGACCGCAAUUCCCCGAUGAGCUCUCGCGUCGCCGGCGCCUCGCCCGCUCCAGUGCCCGUGUCUGCGGCAGCAUCUACGGCUUCUCUCGACUUCUCGGCUUCUAAUCAAAGGCGAACCAUGCCUGCCGCCGCUGUCCCUCCCCGGACAUCCAGCUCCCGACGCGCUCCAACCUCGGAAAGAUCCACUGACUCGUCGUCUCGCCGGACACACGGUGACUCGAGCCGCGAAACCAAUGGCAGGAUGGAUUCAGCCGACGAGGCUGCCAUGCAGAACUCACGCAACCACCGCCGGGCGAGCAGCCAGGCAAACAGCACCUACGACCCCCGCACAAACCCAUCGGCACCUGCAGCUGUUCGCUCACCACCUGUUACCACAAACUCGACCAAGGCCCCGUCGAGAGAGGCCAGCGAUAUCCUGAAUAGCAUACUUAUCUCGCAGCCGGAGGUGGACAUUGAACGAGAAAAGGAGCGGCUGGCACAAGCUCAGCCGCACCAACCCGCGGCCAUGCUUGACGACGGUGCAGCACCUCCUCCCAUCGUGAAUGCGACACACAAUGGUGAAGAGGCUCGGAGAGGUGGAAGGAGUCGUCACGACCACUCGAAAAGAGAAAAGCACACCAAGUUUGGCGAAUACAUUCUCGGUAAUACAAUUGGCGAGGGAGAGUUUGGAAAGGUCAAGCUCGGGUGGAAGCAGGAGGGUGGUGUUCAAGUGGCCAUCAAGCUGAUCAAGAAAGAUCAGCUGGGAAGCAAUCCUUCUCGUAUGGCCAAGAUCAUGCGCGAAGUGGCCAUUUUGAAGCAAUUAACUCAUCCAAACAUUGUCAGGUUGCACAAAAUGGAAGAGUCGGAGCGACAUUACGGCAUUGUGCUCGAGUACGCAUCCGGCGGAGAGUUGUUCGACUACAUUCUGAACCACCGCUAUCUCAAGGACAAUGCUGCCCGUAGAUUAUUUGCACAACUUGUGUCCGGUGUGGGUUAUCUGCACAAGAAGGGCAUCGUACAUCGCGAUUUGAAGCUGGAGAAUCUUCUGCUGGAUCGCAACCGGAACAUCAUCAUUACCGACUUUGGCUUCGCCAACACGUUUGAUCCUGCCGAGGAACUCAGCGAAGAAGAGGAGCUCAACUUGACGGACCGCGAGUUUGUCAAGCGGAUGGGUCUUGACAGAGUCAAGCCCAGCGGAUCCAGGAAAGGCGAUCUGAUGCAGACUAGUUGUGGCAGUCCAUGCUACGCAGCCCCAGAGCUGGUUGUCAGCGACUCGCUAUACACAGGCAGAAAGGUGGACGUCUGGAGCUGUGGUGUUAUACUGUACGCCAUGCUCGCUGGGUAUCUGCCGUUCGACGACGACCCGGCGAACCCGGAGGGUGAUAACAUUAACCUUCUGUACAAGUACAUUGUCAACACCCCGCUCACGUUUCCCGAAUACGUCACACCUCAUGCCCGAGACUUGCUGCGACGAAUCCUAGUGCCCAACCCCCGCAAGCGCGCCGAUUUGUUCGAAGUCGCCCGUCAUAGUUGGCUCAGCGAGUAUGCACAUGUCGUCGAAUUCAUCACAUCCAGCACCACCACCCCUGGCGAGAUUCAAAACACCACAGUUCCGUCCGAAGACGAUGCGCCAGGCCUGGCACGCAGCGCCUCUGUUCGCGAGGCAUCAAAGAAGACGACGGUUCCUCCUGCAUUGGGUGGAUUGGCGACAAAGCAGGGCACCAUUGAUACCGAAGCCGAGGCGGCGGCGUACGCCAAGCAGCAACGCGAUAACAAGCGCCGGACAGUGCAGGUGGAAUAUGUUGCCCCGAACACUCAGACGCAACGAGGAGAGGCUGCAAGUACGCAGUCUUCUGGUGGCCGCACACGCGCUCGCUCUGGCAGCCAAGGUGCCGUAGAGGUGGUGGACCAGAAUCCUGGUUCGUCCUCUUCACCGAACGACAAACAAAAUUCGAGAGACGCGGCGGGAACCAAAGAUGCUUAUGGAAAGCCGCCGGUGUCUUCGCGGAGACCCCCAAGCGCCCACCGCAACGUCAACUCGGGUGCUGCUGCUGUACAGCGCGUCGGCGGUCGCGAUGCCCGUGCUACCUCGGAGACUGCCUUUUUCGGUUCCGCGGCCCCAACAACGAACGCGAGACCCAACACUGGAGGUUCUGUGCAGUCCCUGGGCUCCCGAGCUGCAGGCAACCGUUCCUCGUAUGGCCAGCCAGCACCGCCUGAGCUUGCCGAUACAAAUGCGCAUGGGAAAAUUCAGCAACCACCUAGCCGGGGCAAGAAUUCAUACGGAAUGCCAUCGACGGGAGACGCUCAAAAUAUGGAGUACGGGCGGCCCAGCAUCAGCGCCAUUCCUCCCAAAUUCGCCCGUGUCUCGGGGUUCGAGGGUUCACCUUCUGGCUCGGGUACGAACCUCACCAACACCAGCCAGGAAGGAAAGGGACACAAGAGAUCUAGCACGAUGGGUGAGAUUAGUGGCAAACUCUUUGGCCGCAGCGGCUCGCUGUUUGGAGGUAGGAAUCGCAAGCGGCAGCAGGAGCAGCAGGAAAAGAACAAGAGAUACCCGCCCGUCAGCAUGAACAAUGCGCUCGCAGGUGCCGAGGAACCUAGGGUGUCUAUGGACUCGAAGCGAUCUCGCCGGUCGUACUCUAUUGGCCUUGGUAACAAGAGAUCUGGCAGCAUAUCCGGAUCCCAAGGCUCGCAGCAGGAGAAGCAGAACAGGCGGUUUUCAUUUAUGCCUGGCGGUUUCUCUUUCAAAUCGAUGGGCAUUUCAAAAGAUGAGCCUUCGCCUGCUUUGGACUCACAGCAAGACCUGCCGAUUCAAGAGCCUCCCAUGGUUGAUCAGUAUGGUCGAUACGUCGAGCAAGAUGUGGAACAGGAGCAUGUGGAUGCCUCUACCCUUGAUGGAAUGUAUGCUCAGCUUCAGGGACCACCAAGAUCUAACGAUCAGUACGGCCAGCAGCAACCAAGGCCGCAACAACAACAACAACAACAACAGCAGCAGCAGCAGCGACAGGAAUAUUCGUCAAAUCAAUACGACGGGCGUCGCCCUUCUAAUGUCGAGGGGUACCAGAGCCAGACGUUGAUGAAUAGCAGCUCGGACCACUCAAUCGACAACAAUAUGCGAAGGCCUGCUGGAUCGGCACCACAGUUGCCACACCUUUCGCCACAAGACACGGCACAAGACGGACGCAGAGUUGCUAGCGGCGGGCGGCCCGGCCGUGGUGUGUUGCAGAAGAACAAGCGGUUUGUUGACGCGUGGGAUUCGGAUGGAAACACUCGGGGACAUGACCACUCUGGAAGUAGUGGGCCUGCACGAAAAGUUAUGGACUUUUUCCGGCGGAGGGGCAAAGCCAGAGCCGGAGAGCUGAACUAG